UCUUUAAAGCUAUAGUUUUAGCUAAAUGUAUGCAGUUAGUUUUUUCUAUUUCCAAUUUAAACUAAUAUUGUGCCUAUGUAUUUAAAUUAAAGAUUACAUCUUUGUCCAAUAUCACACUUGCAUCACAAAAUCUCUCCGGCAAGCUUUCUAAUAUGUUGUUGGCCCUGGCACCCAGUUCAGUUUGGUCUUUAUAUAGCCGGGAUGGGAAAAGAGGGAGAAGGAGUAUUAGCCCAAGUAUUCUUCCUAUCAUAAUAGAUUCUCUGCAGCUUAGAUCGCAAAAACGCAUUAACGACCAUAAGGUGGCAGAGGCGCUCGGAGAUCAAUUAAAACGAAUACCAAUGCAUGCAAAACGCGCAACAGUCAAGGCGGAAGCCAGACUAAUAGGCACACCUAGUCGGGUACCAAAGAAGGCUAAUAUUGCACCUGAAUCUAUUGGGAAUGAUAAUUCUGACAAUAACGUCUUUGAUGAUAUUUACAACAAUGAGAUUUCGUUUACCAAAGACAGUGAUUAGAUGAAAAAUGUACACAGAUUAUAUUAUUACUAUGUUAUUAAUUUUUUUCCUUAUAAUAAACAUCUGAAUUAAAGGCAUUUUUCUGAACGUCAUCAAUAAACUUUAUAUCAAAUUAAAAAUAUAUAUGAGGAGGGGGGGGGGGAGGUUUGUCAGGUGCGAACGACCCCCUUUGUUUGCAAACUCUAUUUCACACAAGUUUUAUAUGUAAAAUCUAGUUGUGUUGUAGAAAUUAAAUUAAAAAGUCACUCAUAGAAGAAAGAAAAAUAUUAAUAUCUAUUUUCGAUAACUUGGCUUUCAUGGCAAAUUUGAGAGGUGCAAAUGUGUAACUUGUUUA